UGUUAUGCCGGUCGGGCCACGCUCGCGGGCCCGCACGUCUUUGUUUACAAACAUUUACAUUCACUAUGUAAUCUACUGCACAAGAACGGUCUAAAUCUUAACAACCAGCAUAUCAUUCAAAAGGUCUAAGGGUUUACUUGUGAUAUCCGAGCACUAUUUUAUAAAAUAAAUGCUGUAGCAUUCGCUGUGCAUUUAUUUGUGCAAGGACUGCAAACGAGAACAUGGAAAAUCAUAACGGGACAACAUACCUUUGUUUAAAAAUUGCGCGUGAGUCCUAAGUCCAUCCGGUCUCAUGUUUGAAAAUUAUUUUUGCCAAGCGUUCCCAGUAUGACAUCAACUUGCAUUAGUAGUCUACAAAAGUAACAAAUCUGAGAAAUAUUGAUAUAUUCUCCGUUGUUUACGUCCGAUGUCUUAGAAGAGAACCAUCCGCCAUUGUUGCUUUUCAAUAAAAUAUGCACGCAGCGUUGUACAAACGUGUUAAAACUCCAUAGAAUCGGAUACAUUAGAGUCUUACGUUUAAAAUGAGUCCAUCCAUAAACGAAACUUUACUAAAAUAAGGCAGUACAUAACCAAAAUAACAAAACAGUCACGCCCACUGUGGUGACGUUUUCAUAUGCACAACCUAUCUUUUUAUCGUUCCACAGCCAGCCAAUGAGCUUGCAGAAAUAUUUCGUCAUACAGAACAUUUAGCCAAUAGUCAGACGAUUCCAUUGAUAUGCGGGUUGCUUAUCUUCUGCGUGAAGUGACGAUUAUUUCAUUCACAACUUGUUGCUGUCUGCGUUGUUUGGGCGAGUUGUCAUCCAGCAUACCUGUCAUCCACGGCGAGCCGCGUCUGCUUUGUUUACAUUCCCUUGGCUUUUUGCUAGCGGUUUGUUGCGUCUGUUUGCGUUUGCAAAUAAAUCGGAUAUCCAGCGUUUGGACAUGCAUCCUUCAAAGAAGAUUUUUUUUCCGGAAGAUGUUUUGCACGAGCUCCUUGGAGAUGGCGACAGUGACGACGAGAAUGUCUUUGAGGACGGAAUCAGCGAUGACUCUUCUUCAGAUGAGGAAGAAUCCAUUCUAGUUCGGUAAGUUUUUUAUAUAUAUUUUAUAUCUGCAUAUCUCUCUGCUUUUACAUACCGUAAAUAGCGUAUACAAUAUAACUUAUGUUGUUAGUGAAUGUUGUUAUGAGAAGUCAUUGUGUAGCAAAUAAUAAAAUAAACUAAUAUUGUUAUUGGGGACAAGUCUCUAUGAUAACUGUGUUGUAGCCUUUUUUUAUCAGUUCUGUAUGGCUAACAAUUAUUUUGAUCUGCUGUAUGGCUACGUUACAUUCAAUAUUAUUGAAAAUAAAGUUCACCCAGUGCUGUGUGGCUGACUACUAUUUUGAUCUGCUGUAUGGCUACGUUACAUUCAAUAUUAUUGAAAAUAAAGUUCACCCAGUGCUGUGUGGCUGACUACUAUUUUGAUCUGCUGUAUGGCUAUGUUAAAUUCAAUAUUAUUGAAAAUAAAGUUCACCCAGUGCUGUGUGGCUGACUACUAUUUUGAUAAGUGAUGAAUGGUUAGCCUGUUAUCAAAAUAAUGGUUAGCCAUUUACCAGUUAUCAAAAUAAUGGUUAGCCAUUUACCAGUUAUCAAAAUAAUGGUUGGCCAUUUACCAGUUAUCAAAAUAAUGGUUGGUCAUUUACCAGUUAUCAAAAUAAUGGUUGGCCAUUUACCAGUUAUCAAAAUAAUGGUUGGCCAUUUACCAGUUAUCAAAAUAAUGGUUGGUCAUUUACCAGUUAUCAAAAUAAUGGUUGGCCAUUUCUCACCUAUCAAAAUAAUGGCUAGCAAUUUCUCACCUAUCAAAAUAAUGGCUAGCAAUUUCUCACCUAUCAAAAUAAUGGCUAGCAAUUUCUCACCUAUCAAAAUAAUAGGUGAGAAAUUGAUAACCAUUAUUUUGAUGGUUAGCCAUUUCUCACAUAUCAAAAUAAUGGUUAGCCAUUUCUCAGUUAUCAAAAUAAUCGUCAUUCAUACAGUACUGGCUUACCCAUAUUUUCAUGAAAGAUUGUAUAAAGGUUUAUUCUAUUUUCCCUGUUUCCUGCAGACGGGAUUCUGAUGAUGAUAAUGAUUCAGAUAUUGACUGGCAUCCAGAAACCUCUGAACCACCUAAAAAACAACCCUGCCGGUCAAGAUCUCCUUCAUCUCCAGGAGCUUCCAACAGUGGCAGAGGAAGAGGAAGAGGCAGAGGAAGAGGCAGAGGAAGAGGGAGUACAGGAAGAAGACCAAUCACUCCCUCCCAUGAUGUUUCUCCUGGUGCUUCUACAGAGAGAUGGUGUAACAUAGAUGAGGAGGAUGUUUAUCAAAAACAACCUGUCUUUAGACCUGCAAGAACUCCAGGACCACAGCUGAUAUCCACAGCUUCAUAUAGCCCACUGCAGUUGUUUCAGCUGUUCCUGACAGACUCCAUGCUUCAGACAGUGGUGGACAAUACAAAUGAUUAUGGAACUAAACGUCAAGAGGGCAAGAAGCCAUGGAGGAAAAUAUCUUUGACUGACUUAUUCUCAUUUCUAGCUGUUAUUUUGUACAUGGGUCUCAGAAAAGCAUCUUCACAGAAAGAUUUUUGGAAAAUAACUAAAAACCACAGUCAAGAGUAUCCACGGAAAAUAAUGUCAUGCAAUAAAUUUCUAAAAAUUGCCACUACACUGCAUCUUAGCAAUCCCAAGACUGAUGCAGAGAACGAUUCAAAGAGAGGAACGCCAGCCUAUGACCGCCUCUGCAAACUCAAGCCAUUAUAUCAGGACCUGAGGACUGCAUGUAAAACAUACCUCCAACCUUACCAGAACAUUGCGAUUGAUGAGAGGAUGGUGUCAUCAAAGGCAAGAAAUGGACUAAAACAGUACAUGAAGGACAAGCCAACCAAAUGGGGUUACAAGCUAUUUGUGCUGGCAGACUCUUUGUGUGCUUACACCUGGGACUUCUUCAUAUAUGAGGGGAAAAAACCUGCAUCACAGUGCACGCAGAGCAAAGGGCUUAGUUACGAGUCUGUAAUGGCCCUUGUGGAUGUAAAGCUGUUGGGAGGUGGCUACAAACUGUUUGUGGACAACUUUUACACAAGUCCAGCACUAUUUAGAGACCUCUUCCAAAAGAACAUCUGGGCCUGUGGAACUGUGCGGUCUAACAGAGUGGGAUACCCAAAGACUUGUGAAAAUAAGCUGCCCAGAAAUUCUCCACGUGGCACUCAAAGAUGGAUAAGGAAUGACAUCUUGGUGUUUGUUGAGUGGAAGGACACACGGGAAGUACAGAUGUGCUCCGCCAUACACAGAGGUACUAGUGGGGGCACUGUGCGGAGGAGGGUGAAGGCUGCUGAUGGCCAAUGGAGCAGACUGGAUGUUCCAGUUCCAGAUGCAGUAGCAGACUACAACAGAUACAUGGGUGGCGUGGACGUAUCUGAUGCAUUAGUCGGCUAUUACACAGUCUCGCAGAAGACCAGAAGGUGGUACCGGACAUUUUUUUAUCACUUUGUGGAUUUGGCUGUUGUGAACGCCUUCAUCAUUCACUGUCAGAUGGCCCUGAUGAAACAUCAAAAGCCAAUGACACAGAAGAUCUUUCGAGAGACUCUAUUUAUGGAACUGGUUGACUUGGUGUCUCAGGAUGAAAAUGUUCCUCCACCUGCACCUGCACCUUCAAAUGGUUUGCACUUGGCAAAGUACAUUACUCCAGACAGCACAAAAGGAAGACGUAAGUGCAGACUAUGCAAACAAAAGACUCCCGUUAUGUGUUCAGCAUGUGGGGUGGGACUGUGCUUUCAGCCAAAACGCUCCUGUUACAAUGACUGGCAUGACCAGGGGAAACACGUGUAAUCUGUUGAUUAACAUUGUGUU